CAUCUAUCUCUCUCUCAACGCUCGCUGCCCCUCAUAGACACACUACACUUGCAUCAUCACGUUGUACACUACUAGCAGUCGCUAGCCCCAGCAUCACAUCAUGCGCCUCUCCGCGCUCGUAGCUCUCCUCCCCUUCCUCGCCGUCGCCACCGCACACGACGCGCACCACAAGGGACGCAAGUCGCUCUCGUUUGGCCCGCACCACGCCCACGCGCGCUUCGAGGCCUUCCCCGACCACCACCGCGCGCGCGCCUUCACCGACGAGCCGGCCGACGCACGCAAGGUCGCCACCGCCUUCAUCGCAGACAAGGUCGGCGCCGGCGAAGGCGAGGGCUUUUACCUCCGCGACGACUCAUACACCGACCCCUCGACGCUAGUCACCCACAUCUACGCGCGCCAGCUUAUCAACGGCCUCGAGGUCGGCGACGGCGACAUCAACGUCAACGUCGACCGCAACGGCCGUAUCAUCUCGUGGGGUAACUCGUUCCACCCUGGCGGUGGCGCCGAGCUCCGCGACACCUCGACUAUCGCGCAGACGGUGCUCUGCGAGUCGAUUGACCAGUCGAUCGACAACCACAAGCACGCGCUCAAGGAGCUCCUCGCCCCCGAGCCUUCGGCCUGGGACCUGGCCAAGACGGCCGCCAAGGCCCUUCUCGGCCUCGACGGUGACGAGGACGAGGUCUCGGACGAGGAGAGGCAGCACACCCGCCUCAAGAUUGGCAAGAACCUCCGCCACGUCAAGAACCACAAGAAUGCUCUCUGCGCUCAGCAGGUGGAGCCGGUUGUUGCCUCGUCCGAGGACGGCCUGACUGCCGCCGAGGCCCUCGCUUCGCUCCUUGGCCGCAUCUCGAACAACUUUGUCGACCCCCAGUCGCUCGAGUCGACCCCCCACCACACCCUCAAGCCCAAGCAUGCCCCUGCCGAGCCGCCCACCGAGAUCCUCUCGGGUGAUGCCCUCGCCGCUGCUGAGGUCGUCGGCGAUGUCCCCGCCCGCCUUAUGUACACCCAGUCGUCUGACGGCUCUCCCCGCCUCGUCUACAAGUUUGAGGUAGAGAUGAAGGACAACUGGUACGAGGCCUACGUUGAUGUCAUCACCGGCAACAUUGUCCGCAUGGUCGACUGGGCCGCCGACGCCAGCGACCACUUUGCCCACAAGAUUGAGGCCCGCAAGGCCAAGGCUGCCAAGUCCCUCGACAAGGGCGGCAAGCAGAAGCCUCUCCCCACUCCCGAGCCCAAGUACGAGUACGCCGUCUUCCCUUGGGGUGUCAACGACCCCACCACUGGCAAGGUCAAGACUGUGACCAAGCCAUGGGACAAUGUCGCCUCGCCUCUCGGCUGGCACUCGUACAUCACGGCCUCGAACCCCUGGCCUCAGGCGCGCUUCAAGGGCGCCACUGUCAAGGGCAACACCACCACGGUCGCCUCGACUGUCGGCAACAACGUCCUUGCUCACGAGGACUGGGAGGGCCGCAACGAGUUCCUCGACAACUGGCGCCCCGUCAGCGACGACUUCUCGUUUGUCUACGAGUAUGGCGAGCCCGACGGACUUGCUCCCAAGGAGUACAUCGACUUUGUCACUACCCAGCUCUUCUACACCUGCAACGCCUACCACGACCUGCUCUACCGCCUCGGCUUUGACGAGGUCUCGGGCAACUUCCAGAUGUACAACUUUGGCAAGGGUGGCCGCGGCGGUGACCCCGUCAUUGCCAACGCUCAGGACGGCUCGGGAUACAACAAUGCCAACUUCAUGACCCCACCGGACGGACAGGCUCCCCGCAUGCGCAUGUACGUCUGGGACACUGCCACCCCCUACCGUGACGGCGACCUCGAGGCCGGCAUUGUCAUCCACGAGUACUCGCACGGUCUCUCGACCCGUCUCACUGGUGGUCCCGCCAACUCUGGCUGUCUCGGCUGGGGUGAGGCCGGUGGUAUGGGUGAGGGCUGGGGUGACGCCAUUGCCACCAUCAUCCGCCAGGUUGAGGAGCACAGCGACAGCGGCCCCGACGUCUUCCCUAUGGGCGCUUGGGCUGCCAACCAGGCUGGUGGUAUCCGCAACUACGUCUACGCGACCAACUCGACCCUCAACCCGUCGACGUACAAGACGCUCGACAAGCCCGGCUACUGGGGUGUCCACGCCAUUGGCGAGGUCUGGGCCGAGUACCUCUUUGUCCUUACUACUCGCCUCAUUGAGAAGUACGGUUUCUCCAAGACUCUGUACCCUCCCGAGGACACAAGCAAGCCCAACGACUACUACACCAAGACUUCGGACGAGAGCGUCGACUCGCUCGGCCGCCCUCUUCCCCUUAUCCCCAAGCACGGCAACACGCUCUCGCUCCAGCUCAUCAUCUCGGCUAUGAAGCUCCAGCCUUGCCGCCCCACGUUCUUCGACGCCCGUGACGCCAUCCUCCAGGCCGACGAGCUCCUUACUGGCGGUGACAACCAGUGCAUCAUCUGGAAGGCGUUUGCCGAGCGGGGCCUUGGCUCUGACGCGGCCGUUGUCGGCCAGACUCCUUGGGGCGGUGGUGUCCGCACCGACGGCUUCAAGGUCCCGCCCAAGGCCUGCAAGUAGGCUUUGACCCGCCACGUCCGCUGUAUACCAUGGACCUGUCUCCACUACCCUCACAGCACGCGCACCCACCCAGACUGAAUCAAGAGAAUCCAAUGUGCCGCCGCCAAUGAUCCGAAGUGUCCCGAACCUUAUGUGUGUGUGAUUGUACUUGUUCCCUUUGCACGCCUAGAGCGGGUAGAGUGUGUUCGAAGAGAGAAAUGUAUGAGUUCUUGAGA